AUGGGCAUGUUGGAGAGAACAAGACGAGAAAUAAGCAUCAGAAGAGCCCAAAUGAUAGAAGAGUGUAAUAAACCCGACAUUCAGCCUCUGAAGUGGAGCAUGCACGAGGACCUGUUCUUAGAGAGCAUGUAUGUGGACUUCAGAAACAAACUCGUGUACUGCAGCGUUCUAAAAGGUGGAAGUACAUUUUGGAAGCGUCUGUUGGCGAUUACCUCCGGAUUCAUCACCGCCAAGACCCCAUAUGACAUCCCAGCAAACGCAUCACACGACCGUUACCUUGACAACCUCAACCAGCAGCUUCCGCAAAGAGUGGACGCCAUCUUGGAUUCCUCCUUGAAGUUCAUGUUUACUCGCGAGCCUUACUCCAGGCUGUUCUCAUGCUAUGUGGAUAAAGUCUUCACCCCACGACCGUUCUAUUCCCGCCUCCGAGAUUCUAUACUUCUCCUAACUCGUCCAGGUUGGGAUAACAUCCUUCAAGGCAGGUCGUGCGCGGUCGACGUUUCCUUUGCCGAAUUCUUCAGGUUCGUGGUGUUUUCGGUCGAGAAGAACGUAGCAGUUGAUCCUCAUUUCAUACCAAUGUACCAGUCAUGUCGGCCUUGUGAGAUAAAAUACGAGUUUCUCGGCAAAAUGGACACGUUCUGGCGAGACACCAAUUUCCUGCUGCACGAGCGCGGCCUGGAUAAUUUCACUGGACUCACCAACCAGCGCUCUGAUUUAGACUCCAUCCACGACAUGGUUGACAGCGCGUUUUUCGAGCGAGAAGAAAGCGAAAAAUGUCUUCCUUUUAGCAAAAUUUUGCAGGUUAUUUGGAAGAAGGCCGUCAUUAGAGGAAUACUUUCUACAGACAAAGUUAUGCCAGCGCGUUUUCUGAACCAUUCUGCGAUAUCGCGAACUGCUUUUCAAACAUCUUUAGUCGAAGCAUAUCAGGCAUCUCAAAGAGAUUCAAGUCGGCAUUUAAACCGAAAGUACGCUAUGAUAGAAGCUUACCAGACUGUCUCGCGGGAAGAUCUGACGACUUACCAAAAUCUUUUCCGCCCUGAUUUCGAGAUCUUUGGUUACGAAAGCAAUCGUUCUGAUAUUUUUGACAGUAGUGUACUAAACACGUCGUUUUCUUUCUUUGCCUGA